AUGAAGGUUGCGGUUGCUACGGAGGGAUCAUCUGAUCUUCACCGUUUGGCAUAUUCUGCGAUUAGAGCUGCUAAUGUUUCUGAUGAACAACGUUGCUUUGGUAUUCUACGAUACUUGAAGAGCUUGAACCUCUCGGUCAAGGAUCUUGGCCAUUCCGAAGUGAUACUUCCUUUGGAGAGUCUAAGAGAUCACGAAAACCCUAAGAUACGAAUGGAAGCUAACGUAUUGUUCAACUCUUGGAUGAAGACUCUUUAUUUCAGCGGAAGCGACUCUUCUACUCGCAACAAAGCUCCCCUUCCCCUGAAAAGGAAGAGAGUUGAUUGUGUUCAAGUAUCUCAUGAUAUUGCAGCAGAGGCUAAGAAAAAGACUAAGUUUUUGAGGCAGCAGGAGAAAGAAGAUGAGAGAUCUAGGGUUCAUGAGACAGGAGAGACUAAAAAAAUUGAUGGUUCCAAGUCUUCUGCAGCGAGGUCUCUACCAAUGGAACUUCCUAAAAACCCUAGAUUCGAGGCUCGUGAAACAGGGGAGACUAAGCAAAAUCUGAACAAGUCUGGCGUUUGCAAGUCUGUUUUACCAACAUCAAGAACAACUCUCCAGAUGAAGAAGAAGAAACCUUCUCUUAAGGUGUCUGAAACCCCUAACAACUGUCCAGCCUUGAAGAAGAACUCAACGGAGAUGUUGGAACUGUUCGAAAUAGCCAAGAAAUCAGCUGACGUGGCCAACGCAAAGGGAAUUCUCGCGGCUAAAGCAGAGACAUCAAUCUGCGUAGACACUCUCUCUUUGCUCAUGAAUUUCCCCAUCAGCUCAACAGCUACUGAAACAGGACGGAUCAUGGAGAGGCUUGAGCGUCUAACAAAGCACAAGGAUAGAAAGAUUUGUAACUCUGCAUCUGCACUUCUUCACUGUUGGAGGGAGAACAUUAAGAGAUCAACAACAUCGAGACGUCCAUAA